AUGGAACCGGCAAUUAUGUUUAGCAGCCGUACUAGACCUGUAACUGUAUUUGAAAAAUUCUUCACUGAUGAAGUCUACGAUUUGAUAAUAUAUCAAACAAACUUAUAUGCAGAGCAAAGGAAAGAUGAAGGAUGGACACAAUUAGAUAAAAAAGAACUGAAGGCCUUUGUAGGGAUUUUUAUAAUAAUGGGAUACAAUAUUCUGCCUUCUAUUGACCUUUAUUGGUCUUCCGACCCUGGUUUCAGGGUAGAUGAAAUAGCAGAGACUAUGACCGUAAAGCGAUUCAAGAAGAUAUUGCGAAAUCUGCACGUGAAUGAUAAUACACAGAUACCAGAUAAGACAAGCGAGAACUAUGACAAACUUUACAAAAUACGCCCAUUAUUGGAUCUUAUCACUCAGGCAUGUCAGAAAAAUGCCAAAGACUCCUCAUCCCAAAGUAUUGAUGAAUCGAUGAUUCUCUUCAAAGGCCGGUCUUUCAUGAAACAGUAUAUGCCUCUAAAGCCCAUAAAAAGAGGUUACAAGGUAUGGUGUCGCUGUGACAGUAAAACUGGGUAUCUCUAUGAAUUCUACAUAUACACUGGAAAAUCAAAAACCGGAACAGAGGAAGGACUAGGAUCCAAAGUUGUGAAGAUGUUGACUGAAAAGCUGAUAAAUAAAGCACUGGAGGAAUAUCAUAUUAUUAUUACAUUUGACAAUUUCUUCUGUGACUACACUCUAAUGCAAUAUCUAUAUGAAAAUGGCAUUUAUGCUACAGGAACUGUACGAAGACACAGAAAACAUCUGCCUGUACUUGUAAAAACGAAUCAGAAGCUUGCAAAAGGACAAUAUAAAUGGAGAGUCAAGGGAAAUGUAUCUUUCUUAGUUUGGCAAGAUACCAAAGAGGUUCUCCUAUUGAGUAAUGCAUUCCAUCCAAAAGUUGGCAAAACCACUGUCUUACGGACUCAGAAAGACGGCACAAAACAAGAAAUCAACUGCCCGUUAGCAAUAAAGGAGUAUACUAAAAGGAUGGGAGGCGUUGAUCACUUUGAUCAGAUAAAAAGUACCUAUUCAGUAGGCAGAAGAAGUAGGAGAUGGUGGGUCCGAAUAUUCUUUUUCCUUUUAGAUACAAGUAUAACAAAUGCAUACUUGUUAUAUUGCCAAAAUAAGAAUGCGACAAAACUAAGCAAUCUUGAAUUUCGAGUCUCUGUCGCUAGAGGACUGAUCAGUGGGUUUUCCAGUAGAAAACGACGAUCUGGUAGUUUAGUCAACUAUAUCUGCAGAAAAAAAAUUGCUUCUGAGAAUCGCCAAAAGGCAGUGCAUGUUGUCGCAGAGGAAGUUCGUUUCACCAACGUUGGAGACCAUAUGCCCGUUGAAUCGCCUUCAUAUAAACGUUGCAGAAUGUGUAGCACAAAAGAAAAAGACAAAAGAUCGAAAGUUAUAUGUGAAAAAUGCAAAGUUCCGCUCUGCAUAGCACCAUGUUUUACUGCAUUUCAUAGGAAAGGCUAG